UUAACCUUUUCGCCACCGUGAGCGACGCCAUUUGUCGCUGGUUGUGUGCGGCGGCUGUGUGCGUUGCGUAGAGCACGGAAGAGAGGAACGGAAAUUUGUGAAAAAUCGGCCGCCUUUCAAAAACCUCGCCAUGUCCGCUCACGAGCAGAUGCGUCAAAUGCUGGACCAGCUAAUGGGCACCGGGCGUGAUGGCGAAGCACUAAAGAGACGCCCGUCUCUUGACCUGGAACCGGGAGAGUGUAGUUGUUCAGUGCUGUACUUUGCGCGAGAACAACCGCUACAAGGUGCACUUUACGGAUCCCCGGGUGUGCAAGAGCUUCCUGCUGGCCUGCUGCCCGCACGACAUCCUGGCAUCCACGAGGAUGGACUUGGGCGACUGCCCCAAGAUCCACGACCUGGCCCUGAGGGCGGAUUAUGAGAAUGCCACCAAGAAGAAGGACUACUUUUACGACGUGGACGCAAUGGAGCACCUGCAAAACUUCAUUGGCGAAUGUGACCGUCGAACGGAACAGGCCAAGCGGCGGCUGGCCGAGACGCAGGAGGAAUUGAGCGCAGAAGUGACGCUCAAGCUGAACCGCGUGCACGAGCUGGCGGAGAUGAUGGGCAAAAAGCUGGCCGCGGCGGAGGCGAAAGGCGCCGAUGGCAACGUCGAAGAGUCACUCAAGCUCCUCGAAGAAGUGGAGGAUAUCAGGCGGAAGAAGGCGGAGGCAGAGCAGGACUACCGCAACUCUAUGCCCGCAUCGUCGUACCAGCAGCAGAAGCUGCGGGUGUGCGACGUGUGCUCCGCCUACUUGGGCAUCCACGACAACGACCGUCGGCUGGCCGACCACUUUGGCGGCAAGUUGCACCUGGGCUUCAUCGCCAUCCGCGAGAAGCUGGCACAGCUCAAGCAGACGGUCACUGACAAGCGCGAGAAGGCGCGCGCCGAACAGCUCGCCGAGCGGUCCUCUUCUCGAGGCGGUUCGGCCCCGUGGCGAGGCGGGCCGGACAGUCGGAGCCGCAGCCGGAGCCCCGCUGGUCGUCGUGGCGGCGAGGAUCGUCCCGUGCGCCGCAGGUCACGGUCACGCGAGCGACGUCGCCGGAGUCGCUCGGGAUCACGGGGCUCCUCGUCGCGCCAUCAUUCCAGGGGCUCUUCAAGAGACCGGAAGCGUGACCGUAGUCGCGAGAAGCGGCGAGACAGUCGGCACCGGCGGUCGUCUCGCGAGCGAAGAGGUUCGCGAGAGAGGAGGCAAGAGCGAGGUGAUAGCGAGGAAAAUCACAGACUGGAAAAGUGAAGCGCCCCACCACAGAUAUGUAAAGUGCAAUGCUGCAAGGACAAAGAAAAAGCACUCGUUCCAAUGCAUUGCAGCAGGACUUUCUCGUAAUUAUUUGUAAAUACAAGUGCUGUUGCAUCAGACUGCCGGUCUUUUUAACCAUAAAAGCCAGUUCAGAAAUACUGCAGAUUCAGUUUUUCAUUUCCUUUUCAUUGCUGACCUUUGAGCACCGUCACGCAGCUGCGUCUCUCCCUCAUUGUUUCUUGUCAUCAUUUCUGUAAAGCGUAUUGCACUCAACUGCGCGUUUGAUGAACACAAAUAAACAUUUGGGAGAAGAA